AUGGCUACUCCUAUUCCAUUAAAAGAUAAAUUGCACACAGACAUUGAAGAUAUGGAUUUUGAAAUUUUCUGUAUUAUUUGGCUUGAUGAUAAUACAACUGCUAAAGAUAAUCGAGAUACAGAACAAAACUUACGUUCUAUUAUUAAUCGUCUUAAAAAGUUUCAAGAUAUAGCACGAUGUCAAAAAUAUAUUGAAGAACGUUCACAAAAUGAACGAUUAUUGAUGAUUGUUAGUGGUCGAUUAGGAAGUGAAAUAGUUCCUUCUAUCCAUAAAUUUCGACAAGUUAUAUCAAUUUAUGUUUAUUGUAUGGAUAUAAUUGGUCACAAAAAAUGGGCUAAUAAAUUUACAAAAGUAAAAGCUGUUGUAUCUGAACUUAAUGAACUCAUUUCUCAAAUUCGAAGGGAUCAUAAAAUUCAGAAAAUUAUAGAAGAACCUUUAUCAAUUAAUUAUUUUACUACAAGUGAUUCUGAUAGUGGUAAAUCAACAGCAGAUGUAAAUGGGAAAUUUGUUUUUUCUCAACUACUUAUUGAUUGUCUUCUACGAUUAAAAUCUACCGAAAUAGAUCGAAAAGAACUUAUAAAAUUUUGUAAAAAUGCAUAUGAAGGUAAUAAUUUUGAAUUAAGUAAUCUUCGUGAAUUUCAAAAUGAUUAUUCAUCUGACAAAGUUUUAUGGUGGUAUACACGAGAUACAUUCUUUUACAAGACUCUUAAUGCAGUUUUACGUACAGAAAAUAUUCAUAUGAUCUUUUUAUUUCGUUCAUUUAUUUCUGAUAUUCAACACCAAUUGAAAUAUCAUCAAACUAAACAUUCUCUACGUGUUUAUCGAGGGCAAAUGAUAUCAAGUAAUGAAUUGGAUACUUUGAGGCAAUGUUGUGGUCAGUUUAUUUCCAUCAAUUCAUUUUUUUCUACUAGUACUGAUUAUCAACAAGCCCUUUCAUUUCUUAACGAUUCUGGUGCUUCAGGCAAUUUAGAACCAGUAUUAUUUGAAAUCAAUGCUAAUCCAAAUAUGGCUACUACAAAACCAUUUGCUGAUAUCAGUGCAUAUAGUGAAUUUCCUGGUGAGUCAGAAAUAUUAUUUAUGCUUGGUUCUAUUUUUCGUUUGAACAAUGUCGAACACAAUAGUAAUGAUCAAGUAUGGGUUAUACAAAUGACAUUAUGUAGUGAAAAUGAACAUGAUUUAAAAAACGUUCUCAUUUAUAUGAAACAACAACUUGGAAGUGGAGAAACAAAUCUUCGAACCUUAGGAAAAAUAUUAUCGGAGAUGGGAAAAUUUAAUUUAGCUGAACAAUAUUUUAUUCGCUUACUAGAAGAACUUUCACCUAAUGAUCCUUUACUUGGUAAUUUAUAUGAAGAUCUUGGAAAACUAGCAUCACAAACUGGUGACUAUAAUAAGAGUGUCAAGUGGCAUCAAAAAUCACUUGCAUUCAAAAACUCCAGUGAAUUAAUUGAUGCAACUCAUAUUGAUCAAAGUAACAGUUAUAUUGAUGUAUCAGAGACAUCCAAAUACAUUCCUGCUCCAGCUGUACCAAAACGUAAAACGAAACCAUCUGAUGUUUCACAUAAAUUUAAAGUCGAAUCUUCAUCAAAAUCAGAUGUUGUUGCUUUAAUAAAAAAUGCUGGUAAUAAUGGUGUUGCAUGUUUACCUAUAUCGCCAAGUAAUAUUAAGCCAUCAUCACGAACAUCAGCUAAAAAAGUGUCAUUACCAUCAUUAAAUGAUGAACGUAUGUAUAGUGAUGAUAAAAAUUUUGAUCGACCUGCAUCUUCGUCACCAUAUGACGGUUCCUUUGAUGAUUCUCAACAAACAUCAAUGAUUAAAUAUUUAUCAACAUCACGUAUUGAUCAACCUGGUUUAUCAUCACCACUUCAUUCCGAGCGACCAUAUAAUGCUCAUGGUUUUGAUACAUAUAAAAAGCAAUCAUUUCGAUCAACAUUUCUUACUAGUCAAUCAUAUUUACCUACUGAUCCAUGGCCUCGAAAAUGCGUUCUUAUUCGUGAUCCAGGUUUUUAUGGAUGUGGUUUUCGAAUGAUUGAAAAAGAAAAUUAUGAUACACCGAUUGUUAUUGAAGUACGUCCAAAUAGUCCAGCUAAACGAAGUGGUUUAGUUGAAGGUGAUCAUAUAAUUUAUAUUGAAAAUCGUAAUGUACAAGCUGUAAGAUCAUUUGAUGAAAUGGUACUUUUAAUUCAACGAACAUUUGAUGAAACAGGUCAAGUUACACUUGUUACAUCAACAGCCUCAGCUUAUCAAUUCUUAAAACGUAAAGGUGGUUUUUUACAAUCUGAACCGUUUGAAUAUCAAUUGCCUUAUGUGCGUGAAUUAGCGCCACGUUUAUGUCGUAUUAUUUUAUAUAAUCAUGAACAAGAUUUUGGUUUUACAUUACAACGUGACAAUCCCAUACAUAUUGAAGAUGUUCAUCCAGGUUCACCAGCAUAUGAAUAUGGUUUACGUCCAAACGAUAAAAUAAUUGAAUUAAAUGGUUGUGAUACAGCAACAUUAUCACCCGAACAAAUUAUUGAUAUGAUUGAAACAAGUAAACGACGACGACAAUUAGAUAUAUUAGUUAUUGAUUCAGCUGGUUUUGAAUUUUCAAUAAAACAUGCUAUACCAAUUAAUUCACUUCUACCAUUUGUUCAACCAGGACAAAGACGAGGUAAAAUAUUUAUUUAA